GGGAAUUAAUGAACACAGCAGUCCUAACAGGUCGACAAGUAGCACAAGCUAUGAAAGUCUUUAUCGUGUCUCAAGCUGGAAAAGUAGCUGAUGUAACAUUACAAAGUUCAUGUUUUGCGGAAGAUGAAAGUGUUAUAAAGGUUUCUUCAUCGUGCAGCUCUGUAUAUGUGGAUGGUUCUGAGAUUAGAGGUUCCUCAAAUGCAUCGGUUAUUGUUAAAUAUGGCACAUAUAUUGGUUUGGCGAAAUUUAUUGUUUGGAUGCCAGAGUUUCCACUUGAAGUUUAUGUAGAAGAUAUUAGACUUUCCCAAAUAAAAGGUUGGAAAGUAAUAGAUGACAGUCAUUAUGCGUAAGUGUUUUUAAAGCAUCUAAAAAUAGUUAUUUUGAAGCUUAUUUUUAAAAAAUCUUAAAAUUUGAAUCGUCACUUUUGUACUUAUAGCAUAUUUGCCAAAUAGCUCAUACUC